AUGGUUUAUCAGGCAACAGAAGUUCCGCCACCACAUAGUGAUCUGCCACCAGACAAUCCUCCUGGUAAAUCACCAAGAAUCAAACUUAGAGAUGGAAGAUAUCUGGCUUACAGGGAGCAAGGAGUUGCCAAGAACAAAUCCAAGUACAACAUCGUUCUUGUUCAUGGUUUUGGAAGCUCCAAGGAAAUGAAUUUUCUGGCACCUCAAAUGAUGAUUGAAGAGUUGGGGAUAUAUUUUCUGCUGUAUGACCGGGCAGGGUAUGGAGAAAGUGAUCCGAACCCAAGGCGGUCAGUCAAAAGUGAAGCACUUGACAUUCAAGAACUUGCUGAUCAAUUAGAGAUAGGAUCCAAGUUUUAUGUGAUUGGAGUCUCAAUGGGAUCAUACCCCAUCUGGAGUUGCCUCAAAUACAUACCAAACAGGUUAGCAGGUGCAGCUCUGAUAGUCCCAGUAGUGAAUUAUAAUUGGCCUUCUCUUCCCAAAAGGCUGAUAAGAGAGGACUAUAGAAGGAAUCUUGUCCGGUGGACAUACUGGUUUGCAAAAUAUGCUCCUGGAAUAUUGCACUGGUGGGUUACGCAGAAAUGGAUCCCUUCAACUUCUGUCCUGGAAAAAAACCCUGCGUUCUUUAACACACACGAUAUAGAAGUCUUGAAGAAGAUACCAGGAUUCCCAAUGCUAAGCCAGGAAAGCAUACGACAACGAGAUGUUUUCGAUACUCUCCGUCAUGACUUUAUGGUAGCUUUUGGAGAUUGGGAAUUUGAUCCGGUGGAACUAAGUAACCCAUUUCCGCAGAACGAAAGCUCUGUUCACAUCUGGCAAGGUUAUGAAGACAAGGUUGUGCCAUUUCAACUUCAAAGAUGUAUUUCAAAAAAGCUACCCUGGAUUCAGUAUCAUGAAGUUCCUGAAGGGGGGCAUCUAAUUGUUCAUUAUACUGGUUUAUGCGAAGCUGUUCUGAGAGCACUUUUGCUACGAGAAGAGCCUCUUACAUUAGACCAAAUACAUCCAUAA